AUGCUGCCGUACGCCUACACGACGAACGACGUGGCGCAGCUGUUUGUGCCGUUCGGGACGCUGGCGCGCGUGCUGGUGCUGCGGGAUCAGCACACGCAGCGCAGUCGCGGCGUCGCGUUCGUGCAGUUUGCGCGCGCGCGCGACUGCCGGAGAGCUGUGGCUGCGAUGGACAAGCAGCGGGUGGGCGGGUUGGCGCUGUCCGUGUCGCUCAGCCGCGACAACGGCCGCGCGGACGAGUUCAAGACGAAGCGCACGUACGCGACGGCCGCGCGCUGUUUCGAGUGCGGCGACGCGGGGCACGUGUCGUACGAGUGUCCACGCAAUGUAUUGGGCGCGCGGGAGCGGCCAGUGGCCAAGAGCACUGGACACAAGCGCAGUCGGACGCGUCUGGAGAGGAAGAGGGAGAGUGGGACGCUCGGCCGACGCGGGCUCGAGCACUGGGUGAACGCCCGAGAGGUCACGAACAUGCUGGCGCCAUCUACAGACUCGGACGAGGCAGAUCUGUCCAUCUCGCUGCUCGCGUACCCACCUGCAGCUCCUCUAUCUUCAUCGGCGUCGUCAUACAAGACGGCGCCUGCUGCAGCUGCUGCUGUAGCUAUGGGUGCACGACGGCGGCCGCAGCGAAAACCUGAUAGUUACUUCAGUGACGAAGACGCGAGCGGCACCGAGUGA